AUGGAGAUGGAGGAGAAGAACCCGGAUCCCAAGUAUGGAGAGACCAGAAAGUUCGAUCCAAGUUUCAAAGGACCAAUCCAAAACAGGGGCUGCACCGACAUCCUCUGCUGCAUCCUCUUCAUCCUCGCCUUGUUGGGAUACUUCGCGGUGGGGAUUCUGGCCUGGUCCCAAGGUGAUCCCAGGAAAGUGAUCUAUCCCACCGACAGCAGGGGUCAGUUUUGUGGACAGGCCGGCACACCCCUUGAGAACAAGCCAUUUCUGUUCUAUUUUAACAUCCUAAAAUGUGCCAGCCCAUUGAUGCUACUUGAGUUGCAAUGUCCCACCACACAGUUAUGUGUGGAGAAAUGUCCGGACAAGCAUUUAACUCUGAUAAAAGCCAAACUCAUGGGUGAGCAUGAAUACUACAAGCAGUUCUGUAAAGAGGGAGUGGACUUCAGUAAGAGUCCUCCCGAGAUCCUGAGGGAUGGCUCAUGUCCGGCUAUGCUGAUGCCAAGUAAACCCUUCACGCGGCGCUGCCUUCCUGCACUGGGAACCAUGAAAGGUGGGGUUGUUGUCGUGGGCAACGAGACCAGUUUCGACACAGGAGAAGGAACCAGCAUAAAUGCCACUGAUGUGCUGGAGGCGUCAAAGAAGUCAAAUGCGGUCGUAGAAGCACGUCAAGUUGCAAUGAGGAUAUUUGAAGAUUACACCCAAUCAUGGCACUGGAUCCUGCUUGGACUGGUGCUUGCUAUGCUUGUCAGCUUGAUCUUCAUUGUGCUGCUCCGAUUCCUGGCCGGAGUUAUGGUGUGGGUCAUGAUUAUCUUGGUCAUUCUCGUCAUUGGUUACGGGAUUUUCCACUGCUACAUGGAGUUUGCCAGUCUGCACGGCGAGCCAGGAGCCGAUGUCACCAUUCGAGAUCUGGGCCUGCAAACGGAUUUCUCUGUUUAUCUACAAAUCAGACAGACAUGGCUCGCUUUCAUGAUAAUUCUGUGUAUUGUGGAGUUUGUCAUCAUUCUGCUGCUCAUAUUCUUGAGGAAAAGACUUCUUAUUGCCAUUGCCCUCAUCAAAGAAGCCAGCAGAGCCAUAGGCCAUGUGAUGUCAGCCCUAUUUUACCCACUUCUGACCUUUGUCCUUUUGGCUGUGGUGAUCGCCUACUGGGCCAUUACUGCGGUAUUCUUGUCCACCUCCAAUGAGCAGAUCUACAAAGUCUUCAAUAACUCGGAGUGUGAAUAUGCACGGGACACGUGUGACCCAAAGACCUUCAACUCGUCCAACAUCUCGAUGCAGUGUCCUGACGCAGAGUGCCUCUUCGCUUUUUACGGCGGGGAGACGCUGUAUCACAAAUACCUCAUUCUGUUCCAGUUCUACAACCUCUUUCUCUUUUUCUGGUGUGCCAAUUUUGUGACAGCACUGGGACAGGUCACUCUCUCUGGGGCUUUUGCCUCGUAUUACUGGGCCUUUAAGAAGCCGGAACACAUCCCAGCGUACCCUAUUUUCUCCUCACUGGGGCGAGCGCUAAGAUACCACACCGGCUCCCUGGCUUUUGGCUCACUCAUCCUGUCUAUAGUGCAGGCCAUCCGGGUCAUUCUCGAGUAUCUGGACCACAAACUGAAAGGGGCAGAGAACAAGUGUGCCAAGUUCAUGCUGAGCUGUAUGAAGUGCUGCUUCUGGUGUCUCGAGAAAUGCAUCAAGUUUCUGAACAGGAACGCCUACAUCAUGAUUGCCAUCUACGGCAAAAGCUUCUGCACUUCUGCUAAAGAUGCAUUCUUCCUCCUCAUGAGAAACAUUGUCAGAGUCGCUGUUUUGGACAAAGUCACUGAUUUCCUGCUGUUUCUUGGAAAGCUCCUUAUUGUCGGGAUUGUCGGAAUCUUCUCCUUCUUCUUCUUUUCUGGGAGGAUUAAAGCCGUUGAAGAUGCUGCUCCAUCUCUCAACUACUACUGGGUGCCAAUACUGACUGUUGUUGUGGGCUCCUACCUCAUCGCUCACGGCUUCUUCAGUGUGUACGCCAUGUGUGUGGACACGCUCUUCCUCUGCUUCUGCGAGGACUUAGAGAGAAAUGACGGAUCUCCAGACAGGCCCUACUUCAUGUCCCUCGAGUUGCAUGAAAUCUUGUCCAAAACGAAGAAGGUUGAAGAGGAAACAGAUGGUGCAGAGCAGCUAGAAUCAGCCAAAAGUGUGGAUGAGGUCAAGUGCGAAGAGGAAACUCCACUGCAGCAGCAACCAGACGGAGAGAUCCAGCUGAAGCAGCAGUCUGUGCUCCAACAGGCCAACGAGGAGGAACAGCCCCUAAAAGCUGAUGCAGAUAAUGCCAUCGAGGAGAGCAAGGUGGUGCAAAACGACCUCCAAGCUAACGCCAUCGAACAAACGCCAGAAGUCGCACAAAUUAAGGAGCCCGAAGAAAAACAGGAGGUCAAAACUGAGGAAAAGACUGAGGCGGCUAACCCUGAACCAACCGAUGAAGUUAAAGCAGAAGCAGUUGUUGAGAAGAACGAUGAAGAGCCCAAGCCAGAAGCUGAUGCCACUUCUCCGAAAGAGUAA